AUGUCGAUGGGGCUGGAGAUUGGCGGCGUGGCCUUGUCCGUGCUGGGUUGGUUGUGCAGCAUCAUCUGCUGUGCGUUGCCCAUGUGGAAGGUGUCGGCCUUCAUCGGUAACAACAUCGUGACGGCCCAGAUCCUCUGGGAAGGGCUGUGGAUGAACUGCGUGGUGCAGAGCACUGGGCAGAUGCAGUGCAAGGUCUACGACUCCAUGUUGGCGCUGCCGCAGGACCUGCAAGCUGCCCGCGCCCUGCUGGUGGUAUCCAUCAUCUUGGCCGUCCUGGGCUUAAUGGUGGCCAUUGUGGGCGCUCAGUGCACUCGCUGCGUGGAGGACGAGACCACCAAAGCCAAGAUCACCAUUGUCUCCGGCGUCAUCUUCCUCCUCUCUGGUGUCAUGACCCUCAUCCCUGUCUGCUGGUCGGCCAACACCAUCAUCCGGGAUUUCUACAAUCCGCUGGUGAUCGAAGCACAGAAGCGGGAGCUAGGCACCUCGCUCUACGUGGGCUGGGCGGCCUCCGCACUCCUGAUGCUGGGGGGGGGCCUGCUCUGCUGCUCCUGCCCCCCCAAAGACGACAGGUACCCCACGGGCAAGGUGGCCUACUCCGCGCCACGCUCCGCCGUCACCAGCUACGACAAGAGGAACUAUGUCUGA